UUGAGGAGGACUUCAUUCUCUUUCUCUCUCUCCCAAAUAAACAUUGAAAUCUGAGUGAGUAGUGUCGGAAUUAAUCCAAUCCAUGGAGAGUACUACUACAGACUCUUGUAAUUCGAUGAUGAUGAUGGUGGGACCUGAUCAGCUUCCACCGGGGUUCCGUUUCCAUCCCACCGAUGAAGAGCUUCUAAUUCAUUACCUCAGGAAAAAGGCCGCUUCAAUCCCUCUCCCCGUUCCUAUCAUCGCAGAUAUCGAUCUAUAUAAAUUCGAUCCCUGGGAACUACCAGGUAUGGCUUCGUUUGGGGAACACGAAUGGUAUUUCUUCAGUCAACGAGACAGAAAGUACCCGAACGGCGCUCGGCCAAACAGGGCGGCGACGUCAGGGUACUGGAAGGCAACGGGGACGGAUAAGCCGGUGAUGGCGCAGGGUGGUACUGGUACUGGUGGUACUGGUGGGAGGCAGCAGAAAUUAGGAGUCAAGAAGGCUUUGGUUUUCUACGGAGGAAAGCCUCCCAGAGGGAUUAAGACUAACUGGAUUAUGCACGAAUACAGACUCUCUUCUUCUUCUUCUUCUUCUUCUGAUAUUAUAAAUAUUAGAAAUUCUCAUCAUUGCUUCGAUCCCUCCAACAACAACAACAACAACAACAAGAAACCCUCCCUCAGCCUCAGGGUAAUUAAUUUCAUAAUUCUUUAAUCCAAUCUAAUCUUAUAAUCUAAUCUAAUCUGUUUUCAUUUAUGUAUAACUUGAAGUUGGAUGAUUGGGUUUUAUGUCGAAUUUACCACAAGAACAAUUCCCCUCCCCCGAGAGAUCAUCAUCAUCAUCAUGACUCGCC